AUGGCGAAUAUACCUAAAACUAUGAAAGCUAUACGUUUACAUGAAUAUGGUGGAGAUUAUCGUUUUCAUGAUGAUAUUCCUGUUCCAUCAAACUUAGAUGAUUAUGAGGUAUUAAUUGCUAUAAAAAGUGCUGGUUUUUGUCAUACAGAAAUGCUUGUUCGUGAUGGAAUAUUUAAAGCUAAGCAAUUACCUCUCAUUCCAUCACACGAACCAACUGGCAUUAUUGUUGCUAUGGGAACAAAAGUUAGCAAUGAAUUUAAACUUGGUGAUCGAGUUGGCGCAUUGAAUUUAAGUCAUUCGUGUGAUCAAUGUCCAGAUUGUUUGAAUGGCAAACCCUUAUACUGCGAAGAUUUUAAUGCUACUGGUAUUACAAUUGAUGGUGCAUUUGCUGAAUAUCAAAAAGCUGAUUCACAUUGGCUUGUACCAUUACCAGAUGAAAUAUCCUUUGAACAAGGUGCACCAUUAAUGUGUGCAGGUGCAACAGUUUUUAAUGCUAUUGAAAGAUGUGCUUUAAAAAAAGGUGAAAUAUUAGCUAUUGUUGGUCUUGGCGCAUUAGGACAUUUAGCUGUACAAUUUGCUAAAUGCAUGGAAUUCAAAGUUGUUGCCAUUGAUAAUCGUCCGGAACCAUUAGAACUUGUUCAAAACUUAAAAUAUUCACCAGAUUUAACUAUUGAUUCAAGUCAAAUUGAUGCAACCAAUGCUAUCGAACAAAUAAAUACACUUCAAUCAAUAACAACACCAAAAAACUAUCCAGGUGCCGACGUUACAUUAGUUCUUACCGAUCCUAUUGUAGCAUAUACAUAUGCAUUAGCUAUUACAAAAAAGCAUGGUACAAUGGUAGUAGUGGGUCAACCACGUGAACCAAUACAAAUUGAAUUUCGUGAUUUAAUCUUCCGUGAUAUAACUGUUAAAGGAAGUCUUUUAUCAAGUAUCGAAAGUGCUCGACGUAUGGUGAAAUUUGUUGCUAAACAUGGAAUUCAAACAGAAAUAAAAACUUAUUCAUUAGAAGAAGUACCAAAUAAAAUGAUGGAAGAUUUUCAUAGUGCAAAUAUGAAAGGAAAAUUAGUUGUAAAUGUUUCAUUAUAA